AUGAAUUUUCAUAAGCUUAUUAGAGACUUCAAUCAAUAUGCCUCAAAGGUUCAUGUCCCUUGCCAAGAGUCUCUGUUGAAGUUCCAGUCUUGGUGUCCUCCACAUGAAGGUUGGGUGAAGAUUAAUUUCGAUGCUCAUGUGGGUGUUGGCUUAUAUCGUGGCCUUGGGGUGGUGAUCAGAGAUGAUAAUGGCAAGCUCCUUAUAGCGGGGGUCCGUAGAGUAAACUCGAAUUGGUCUGUUGAGAUGUGUGAAGCAGCAACCGCAAUGUUUGGUGUGGAAUUGGCAGUUCGCUUUAGGUACCGUUAUGUCCAGCUUGAAGGUGAUUCACUGACAGUCGUGAGAGCUAUUGAGAAUCGAGUGGAAGGCUUCUCUCCUAUCCAUUUGAUCUAUGAUGAUAUCUUCUAUCUUUGUACUAGUUUUUUGGAUUUUGGUUGUAGUUUUGUUAGCCGCAAUGACAAUACUUUAGCUCAUUUAGUGGCUAAGUGGGAUUCGGGGGCUGCUAACGAAAAAAUCUGUAUGGACUCUUUCCCGAAGACCUUUUGACCUUGGCUGAGCUCGAUUUAUAAUAUGCCACAGAUUUACCUAAAAAAAAAUUAAGUGAAAUCUUGUUUGAUUCUUCUUAAUGUAAAA